CCCGCGAGCUCGGCAGGAAGUCCAGGCCGGCGGAGCGGAGACGAGCUCGCGGGACUUGGAACGUCCGGACAUUGCGCGUUAACGCUCGCCCUCGGCGUCCGCAGCACCCUCUGCUUCUCUCUCGUGCGGCGACCUCAGGCGGCCGGAAAUUCACCAUGUCUAUCCUCAAGAUCCACGCCAGAGAGAUCUUCGACUCUCGUGGGAAUCCCACUGUUGAGGUUGAUCUCUACACCUCAAAAGGUCUCUUCAGAGCUGCUGUGCCCAGUGGCGCCUCAACUGGUAUCUACGAGGCCCUGGAGCUCCGGGACAACGACAAGACGCGCUACAUGGGCAAAGGUGUCUCCAGACCCAUUAAGUAUAUUAACGAGUUCCUGGCACCAGCCCUGUGCACACAGAAACUGAACGUCGUGGAGCAGGAGAAGAUCGACAAGCUGAUGAUAGAGAUGGAUGGCACAGAAAAUAAAUCCAAGUUUGGUGCGAACGCCAUCCUGGGCGUGUCCCUGGCUGUGUGCAAGGCUGGUGCCGUUGAGAAGGGGGUGCCCCUGUACCGCCACAUCGCCGACUUGGCUGGCAAUGCCGAGGUCAUCCUGCCAGUUCCGGCUUUCAACGUCAUCAACGGGGGCUCUCACGCUGGCAACAAGCUGGCCAUGCAGGAGUUCAUGAUCCUCCCCAUCGGGGCCGAAAACUUCCGGGAGGCCAUGCGCAUCGGAGCGGAGGUGUACCACAACCUGAAGAAUGUGAUCAAGGAGAAAUACGGGAAAGACGCCACCAACGUGGGAGACGAAGGCGGGUUUGCUCCCAACAUCCUGGAGAACAAAGAAGCCCUGGAGCUGCUGAAGAACGCCAUCGGGAAGGCCGGCUACACCGAUAAGGUCGUCAUCGGCAUGGAUGUGGCUGCCUCUGAGUUCUUCCGGUCGGGCAAGUACGACCUGGACUUCAAGUCCCCCGAUGACCCCAGCAGGUACAUCACAGCCGACGAGCUGGCCAGCCUGUACAAGUCCUUCAUCAGGGACCACCCAGUGGUGUCCAUCGAGGACCCCUUCGACCAGGAUGACUGGGAAGCUUGGCAGAAGUUCACUGCCAGCGCGGGAAUCCAGGUGGUGGGGGACGACCUCACCGUGACCAACCCCAAGCGGAUUUCCAAGGCUGUGAGCGAGAAAUCGUGCAACUGCCUCCUGCUCAAAGUGAACCAGAUCGGCUCCGUGACCGAGUCCCUGCAGGCGUGCAAGCUGGCCCAGUCCAAUGGGUGGGGCGUCAUGGUGUCACAUCGCUCCGGGGAGACUGAAGACACCUUCAUCGCCGACCUGGUGGUGGGACUGUGCACCGGGCAGAUCAAGACUGGUGCACCGUGCAGAUCCGAGCGCUUGGCCAAGUACAAUCAGAUCCUCAGAAUUGAAGAGGAACUGGGCAGCAAGGCCAAGUUUGCCGGCAGGAACUUCAGAAACCCCCUUGCUAAUAAGUAAGCUGUGUGCGGGUGAGCCCUGCGGUCACUCGUCGGCUAAUUAGACCUGCUCCUGAUGUCACCUGGGCAGCCCGAGGCCCCUGCCGAUGCUCUGAGGGGCCUCUGAUAGUUAACUGCCCUUUCCCCUUCCUGUGACGUUCUCACUGCUUCCUUAGACCUGCUGCAGAAGCCGAGCUUGACCAUCUGGAACCCUGCUGGAAACCCUAGCUCUCUAAUUAUAUAAUUGGCCCAAAUCAUUGUUUUUCUCACCUCGCUUCCACCAAGUGUCUGGAGCCAUGUGUAUCUGCAUUGUAAUCUCCGAGGCGUCCACAGGCAAGAUCCCCGGUGGUUUUGUGUGCAAAAUAAAAAGGCCUCAGUGACCCAUAGGGA